UCCAAAAUAGACUUUAUUUAUUUAUUUUCAUCAUCCUCUUAUAUAUCCUCCAACACCCUGGUUUAAGACACAGAGAGUGAGAGUGGGAGAGAAAAUCAGAAAAUACAAAGCAAAUUUCAUUUUAUUUAUUUUUCAUUUUUCAAAAGUAAAUAUGAAGGGCGAAAACGACGUCGUCGGAUCAACCACCGACAGACCGCGGCAAACCGUCGUAGCACUUAUAAGUUUCAUCACCGGAGCUUUCUUAAUGUCCGCAUUUCUAACCGUCGGCCACCGUGACUGGCCAUCGUAUCUACUCAUUCGCAACCCCAACCCCACCGUCUCCUCCGCCCCAACAACGCCGAUCCAACUCCAGGCAAUCCUACACUACGCCACGUCAAAGGUGACCCCACAACAAUCCUUCCAAGAGAUCACGCAAUCAUUCAACGUCCUCCGUAACCGUUCUCCCUGCAAUUUCUUGGUAUUCGGGUUGGGCUACGAUUCGCUCAUGUGGGCUUCGUUCAACCCGAAUGGGCCAACCUUAUUCCUUGAAGAAACACCCGAAUGGGUCACCACAGUUUUAAAAGACGCGCCUUCGUUAAACGCGAAAACGGUGCCGUAUCGCACGCGCCUUAAGGAGGCUGACCGGUUACUGGCGAGUUACCGGGGUGAGCCUGAUUGUCUCCCUGGGCGGGCUUAUUUAAAGGGAAACCGGGAGUGUCGGUUAGCCUUGGAUAAUUUACCGGAAGAAGUGUAUGAGAGGGAGUGGGAUGUGAUUAUGAUCGACGCGCCUAGAGGGUAUUUCCCUGACGCGCCAGGGAGGAUGGCCGCGAUAUUUUCCGCCGCCGUGAUGGCACGCGCGAGGAAGGGCGUGGGGAACACUCACGUGUUUUUACAUGAUGUGGAUAGGAAAGUUGAGAAAGAGUUUGCUAAAGAGUUUUUGUGUAUGAAGUUUAAAGUUGGAGGUGUUGGGAGGUUGUGGCAUUUUGAGAUCCCUCCAAAUAAUAGUAGUAGCACCAAAUUUUGCUAGGUGAUUGAUAUGAUUGAUAAAAUAGUUUAUUGUUUGUCGGAGUCGUAUGGUAAGAUUGCGUAUAUCUGAAUCCCUUUUCGGGUGUAAUGAGAUACGGAGUAAUAUUGAUAUACAAUUUGAUGGAGUAUAUUACAAUAGAGAGUAUUACAAAGUACUCCUACUUGUUAAUUCAUGUGUUCUUGCGACUUUGCGAGAGUAGAUGUGUUAGUAGUUAGUAAUACUUGGAUAUCAUUACUUUGAGUUUCUAUGAUACGUGUUGUGACCAUGUUUGUUGAAUAAAAUUUGAUUCUUUGUUAUAGGCAA